AUGGCGACCGAGGCGUUCGAGAUGUACCGGCAGUCGGAGAUCGGCUACGCCCUGACGGCGACGCUGGACGAGAUGGUGAGCGCCGGCGUGCUCAGCCCCGACCUCGCCAUCACCGUCCUCCUGCAGUUCGACAAGUCCAUGGGCCACGCGUUGGACAAGCAUGCCAAGAGCAGGGCCGUCUUCAAGGGCGGCAAUCUGCGUACAUACAGGUUCUGCGACGAUGUCUGGACCUUAAUCUUGAGAGACGUGACGUUCAAGAACGAGGAUAUGGAAACAGUCCUCCACAACGUGAAGAUCGUGGCCUGCGAUUCCAAUCUCCUUAAGAAGCCUCUUGAACCUAUUACUUGCCAUCAGUGCCAACCAUAG